AAGGAUUACUCACCCGUCCGCGAAAAUCUCGCUGAAUUCACGGUUAUUCGAGUGAUGCGCCGUGCAGUCCCGGGACCUUCAGGUGGAUCCAGCAAGCGGCAAUUUCGGGGGCCGCGCCGGGAACGGGGAACGUGUUGGUUAGAAACGAGAAACUAGAAGAAUUGUACAACCACGAUAUGUGUACGCGCGAUUCGAACGUCGAAAGGGAAGCCAGCAAGUCUUGAUGAAUCCCGGAAUCAUCGUCGAUGACCAGAUCAGGGGCUGGACUUAUCGCCUUCUCUUUCAACCGAUACCUUACCAAACCGUUCUCCGAAGAGUCGGCCGCCGUGAACGAUCCGUAACCGUGAUCAGGAUCGUGACGAUCGAUACGUUCGAAGAGCAGUGCGACGGGAAACGAACCCUGGUUCGAGUGCGUCGGGACGUUAGGGCCGUUGAAUGGAGCUUCAAUUCAUCAUGGACGGCGGCGCGGAUGCUUUGAACGGGACGAUAUGGUUUCCCAACACGCCAUCGCCCCCGUACGAGCAGCUGUCCCCGGUCCGUCCGAACAGAUGCGACCCCAUCGCUACUCAGCACGCAUCGAUGGGAUAUCACAGUCCGCAAAAUUCUGUAUGGCAGGACAAGUACAACUCACCGAAGAACUCUCCGGAGGACGGCGUCCAGAUACGUUCGAACAGCGGGUCGCCGGAGCAUCUCAGUCAAUCCUCGGACCAUGCCCCGAAUUGCCAGCAAGCUGGCCUGAAACGGCGGGCCGGGGAGCCGUUGCAGCAGCUCACAGACCUCGAGAAGAAGCAUCCCCGAAGAGAUGGAUCCGUCGGAAGUAACGGCUCGGGACAAGGUUGGUCUACCCAGGUGGAGGAGCUGGCGGAACACCUGGCCGCCGAUUUCGAUGGGUCCCUGUCGGCACUGGCAGCAUCCGAUCUCGCGACAGCAGUUGCCUCCUACAACAUGAGCGAAGCCCUGCUCGCCCUGCCAUCGCUGACGGUAUUCAAGCAGGAAGCACCAUCCCCGGAGAACCAGCAAAAUUCCAAUUUGAACCAUGUGUCCCAAAGAACGAUCAAUUCGGCGCCGGCGAACAAUGCGAGCGGCCCUGUCGACGCUGACAGCAACAACAAUGGGCAGACCACGGCCAGCCUUCAUCAGUUGUUGUACUCUUCGAACGAGGAGUACCCUCCGACCUCAUCGUCGGGGAACCACGUGUCCUCCCCGCAGCACGUCAGCGAGCUCAACGAGGACUACCGGUUCCAGUAUGUCCUCGCCGCGGCGACCAGCAUCGCGACCAAGGUCAACGAGGAGACGCUCACCUACCUGAACCAAGGCCAGUCGUACGAGAUCAAGCUGAAGAAGCUGGGCGAUUUGUCUGCUUAUCGAGGGAAGAUCCUGAAGGGCCACUCGACCUUCCUGUUUCAGUCGACGAUCCGCAUAUGCUUCCACGAGAGGCGGCUCCAAUACACGGAACGCGAGCAGAUGAUCGCCUGGCAGCGGACCAGGCCCGGCGAACGGCUUCUGGAGGUCGACGUUCCCCUAAGUUACGGCAUGGUGGACGUGUGUCAGCCGUCCCCGUCCAACAACAGCGUGGAGUUCAUGUGGGACCCCACCAAGGAGGUCGGCGUCUACAUAAAGGUGAAUUGCAUCAGCACCGAGUUCACGCCGAAGAAGCACGGCGGCGAGAAGGGCGUGCCAUUCCGUAUCCAAGUGGAGACUCGGCUGCCAGGAGGACCCCGUCUGCACGCCGGCUCCUGCCAGGUGAAGGUGUUCAAGCUGAAGGGCGCGGACCGCAAGCAUAAACAGGACCGAGACAAAAUACUGCGGCGACCACCGCACGAGCAGGACAAGUACCAGCCCAGCUACGACUGCACGGUCCUCUCCGACAUUUCUCUAGAGUCUUUAUCGUCGUCCAAUCUGAUCGCCCAGAACGGAGGCAGCCCCUACGCUCCGACCGAGGCAAUAUCACCCCAAUCACGAUCGACCAUAAGCGGCAAUACCUCGCCGGUGGUCGCACCGCUGGCGCUCUCGGUUUCCAAUUCUGGCAUCGUGCCGUUGGUUCCAGUCUCCGAUGCUGUCAAAGAGAACGUGGGAACUGCACCGGCUCUGCCAUCGCCUGCGGCGAUUCUCCCGGACCAAUCCUGCACCGAAAGCGAAGGAUCAUCAUGCGUGGCCCAACUGUCUCCCGACGCGAACGCCGCUCAGAUGAGCACGUGGCUCCGCGCGGGACGUUUCGGUGCCUUCGAGUCUACGUUCGCCAGCUUCUCAGCCGCAGACAUCUUGCGGCUCUCGAGAGACGACCUGAUUCAAAUCUGCGGGCUGGUCGACGGGAUCCGAUUGUUCAACGCGUUGCACUCGAAAGCACCCGGACCGAAGCUGACCCUGUACUUCGCGCUGGAGGACAACGGGUCCCUGUGGAGGGUCGCGUACUUGGACAGUCUGACCAGCAGCGCGUUGAUGAACAAGCUGCUGAACACGCUGAACUUGCCGCACGAAAGACUGCACUCGGUGCUCUUCCUCGGCCCUCAGGGCAUCCACGUUCUGGUCACCGACGAGUUAGUAGCGAAUAUGAAAGACGAGAGCAUGUAUUUCGUCGAGACCAUCAAAGAUAACGCGAGCGAGCGUUACAAGCUCCUGCUAAAGCCCUCGUCGCGUUCCUAAUUGAGUUAUAGAAUUUUCCUAUGAGUCUCACAUUGCCAAAUGUAUCUGUGAUUCGAAAAGGAAGGAAAGAAAUUUCUUUGCCAGGGAAAAGCGUGUCGAGUAAGCGCACAGAAAUCCGCUCGAUCGGCGUUUUCGUUAUUGCGAUAAUGUCGCGACGGUAUGGGAAACAAGAAAAAUUUCACUUAAUACUCAUUACAAGCUUUCGGCAUGGUUAUUUUUACGACGGUGAACAAGCGCGACGACCUUCCAGAGGAACACGUAUUCUAUUACGUAUUACAUAUACGUUUCGUAUGUAUUACUUUUUCCACUAAGCUCGGUCUACUUUCUUUCGUAGGGUGUAAGCGAAACAUUAGGUUGACAAGGUGUAUUUAGGAAAUAUUUAUACCGCGGUUACUCAAUUCUUGUGCCACAUAGUCGACUCAGCGAGCUUAGUUUACGAACUUAUUGUUGUUGUUAACUAUUAUUCACCGGAGGCCGCGACCCGAUCGUCGCUAGUUCAUGUUACAUCGAUCGGCGACCCUGCCCCGGUGAAUACGAUCUCCGUUUACACAAAGUGUAAAUUAUUCAUUGUUUCUACAGAUUAUAAACGAUGUUGCGUAGACGUGUAAAGCGGCGAACGGAAUCGCGGCUGACAGCAGCGCGCGACCGUAAACGGCGCUUCGAUGAUAAUUAGGAGAGAACGAUCGAUAGAGAAGCCACAAGUGCCUUGCGUUCCUUUCGUCGACGGCGAACCGAUAGGACUUAUCUUUAAUUACCGCUUUUGACAAUUAUCUCGGGGGAAAAUUACGGGAACGAUUAUCGAGAAGGAAGGGAAAAGGUGUCUCUCUCGGUUUAUUCUGCUCCGUAGUACAAAUCGCAGGGGUACGAAAAAAAAAAUCAUCCUCGUGAAAGAGGUUCUGGGAAAACUCGUAUGAAGUAUUAUAAAUCUAUUUACCAAAUGUUAAGUCGUAAGUUAGGAUCGGCCGGCGGUCACGCGACACGCGCGCGACGACUCUAAAAGCCCGUUUCUCAUCGGACCGGAAAACAAUUCUAUUGGUCGCCACGUUCGCGGUACAGCUGGCCGACGUCUAUGUAUUUUAAUCGGAAACGGAAGUUCGAUCGCGUGAACUGCAUGCUGUAUAAUUUCACUAGGGAACUUCCACGUAUGCCAUGUACGUCACAAAGCGGCACAAUAAAUACUGCUCCGGUGCCAAGCGGCGCGUGUUUGUCUUUUUUUUUUCUUUUUCAUGGAACCGUCGAAUAAACAGGAUAUUUACUCAUAAA